AUGGCUGCCGUGAAACCGGGAUCGAUAUUCUUCCUCUUCGUGGUGUUAUUUCUCAGCUUUGGUUCUGAUAUACUAGCCGAUAAUGGUUUAUAUUUCACACACACGCCGAAUUACGUGCUGUUGUCUCCCGAUGCCGGUAAAGUACGUUCUAGCGAAGUGUCGGAUAUCAUAUCUCUUGCUCUCGGGUUUUCCGCCAGUAAGGAGCUGAAGUGGUCUGGUUUGUCCUCCGGUAACCUGUUUCGUCGCCCUAAAGCAAACGUUCUGGUCACAGUUGAAGGGUUUGAUGGAGAUCUCGUUUUUGACUUGGGUGCAGUCGGAACAUAUUAUCCUGUUCUUAAGGACGUGCCGUUGAUAAACACAGAGUUUGUCAGUAAUUGUGUUGGUAAUUUAUUUCAAGAUAAGUCACCACUAGUUGUCGACAUCACUGCAGGUGGAAAGUUGUUCAACCAACAGUGGAAGAAUCCUCAACUGUUCACUGCAUUACCGACCACGUUGAAAGAAAUGCAACCAAUUCUGCUGAAAAGCCAAUCGUCGGUCCUUUUUGCAUACGAUAUGGGUUCAUUAAACUACUCCAGGGAGCCCGACAUAACAUUUCUUAGCGAACUACAAAUAAUGCAAGAAAUCGCUGAUAUGGUCACUGAAAACAAGCAUCUAGCAACCGACGGUGUGCCAGACAUCUAUUCGUUCUCGUUGGCUGGUAUACAUCUUAUACAAUUACAAUAUGGUUUGAACUCAGUACAGGCCAGCGAUGGGCUCAGAGUACUGUCGUCUUUCAUCAAAAAGUUUACAGAAAAAAUGGUUUCUCUUUAUGACGAUGACCUUAUGAUGGAGGUAGUGACACUGACAUCAAAUGACCCACGAAUGUUAAGAGUGAAGAGGGACGACCCCACACCUGCCCCUACUAAGGCUCCUAGUUCUGAAGUAACGCCAUCCACUAUCAACGUUGCUCCGUCUUACAGCGAUGACUAUGCUUCCAUGGCUCACAUCGCCAUCUGGGUAUCUGUUUUUUGGAUAAUAGCUGUCUACGUCAUUGCGUACCUCAUGUGGUUUAUGGAUCCGGGCGAUACCAUUAUUUACAGGAUGACUAGCACGCGAAUUAAAACUGAAUAAAUAGGGGGGGGGGUACAUGCCCGACCUGGUCUUUUGAGUGAAUUAAUUGGCAACUAUUAAAGUUGCAUUUCCACUUUGCAAAUAUACGAAACAUCAUCAAGCUGAACAUAAAAUAUGUUCAAAUACUGCUUUAGCUUUAAAAGUAUAUAAUCCUGUUCUAACAAAUUUUAUUUGGAAGUAGGAAGGAUCCUAUCAAAGACAAACAAAGCCACCUAAUUCAGUGUCAAUUGUAGUAGGCGCAGUUUAUUCAUAUUCUACAGCUAAUUUUCUCAAGCUCAACAUUUGAUAGUGUAUAUUGACAGUGGGUAGUACCUCACAGAUUGUGAAGUUGGAAUGCAACUUUCAAGUUGAUAACAACUUUUCAAGAGAUUCAACAUUUUUCUUUUUAAUCAUUUUUGUUGGAAUCGACAACCGUUCUUUAUUUUGCCCAUAAAACAUGUUGGUAGUAUGUAGUAUACCUUGCUGGUUUACUCAACUGUCAGUUCUUGAACUUUUUUUUCAUUGUAUUGUCUCCUAUCGUAUGACGCGUGAUUGUAACACGUGGCCGAGAUGUCGAUAUCGUCAGGUUAUUCAACUAAAACUUUGUAACUGACACUAUUAGCUUGUUUAGUAUUGCAAAAAACAACGAGCAGGUGAAAACAUCAAACUAACUGGAUUUAAUAUUCUACUAACUUCGGGUAUACAAAAUGUGUAUUCGAAGCUGUUCAAAACGAGGUUAUAAAUACAAUAAAUGGAGAAUUAGAUAACUAGAUUGGUAACAUGUUUUAUACUCAAUGACAGUAAUAUAUUUAUCUUGUGCAGUCGUACUGCGAUUUUGUAUUUUCGUAGGGUUAGUUAUUCGGUGUAAUGUACACAAAGGUAAUUUGAUAUUGAUUUAUUUUUGUUUAUCCGUAUUCUUGCUUUUUUUUACGAAUCGAGUGUUUAAAAAAGUCAUUCCUACACUGUAAUAUAUCAGCGGUGUGCAUUAGUGUAUUUGUUGGGUUGGGAGGGAUGGGUUGAUUUAUAAGGUUAUUUUGUAAAAGAACGUCGAUUCAGAAUGUGUGUCCAACUCUACCUUGAACGUUCCAAAAAAAAUCCAAAAAUGGUUGUAAAAGCUAUUUGACUGUAUUAUUUUCAAUGUGGAGUUCCAUUCCGCGCGUAUAUCCGAGUAAGUUACACUUAUUGGGUUCUUAAAACCAAACUAGGUACACCGUUCCUAUAAAAUGCGCCCUCUAUUGGUCAUUCUUCUUUGACGUAAUUUACUAUAUUCUAAAUGAUAAAUUACUAUGAAACCGAACACACUUGUUGUUUGAAACGACAUUAUUAACGUCACGAUAUCGUGUCGUCGAUAGAGGGCACCACUUAAAGGAAGGUUGAAUAAUAUAUAUACGGUGUCGAGAUCAGAUAACUUAUUCAUUGCCAGACUGUGUAUAUGUAUUGUGAUCAUCGUAUUAUUGAGUAGGUUAUCGGGGUGUUUAGUUGUUACUAUGCAAAUGAACUUUAUGUAAAAUAUUUUGGUAAAUUAUUUUGUGAUGAUUAUCAUUCAGCGUAUCCUGUAUAUGUAAUUAGUAAUGAGGCGAUGAAUAACAUAUGACAUUGACAAUGUA